UCUCUCUCUCCCCCUCCCCCUCUCCCCGUGUUUUUUCGUCCCUCGAUUCGAUUAUCUAACAAAAGUAUCAAUCAGGCAAUCAGUCUGUUUUUUAUCUUCUCAUUCUCUCCUGCCUUCCCUAUUUUUUAGCCUCUCCUUCUCAAUGACAGUCGAGUCAUUCAUAGUACAGACUGUCUUAUUUCUAUCUUCUCUUGUAUUAACAUCACUUACAUUGUCUUUCUGAUUUGUUGGAUCUGAUUAUGUUUCCUUUGUUUAUUCUUUCCCAUGUUUUAAUUCGUUUUACCAUAUCUAAAUUUUGUUACACAAUUUUUAAUUUUUAUGAUGUUUUUUUUAUAAAAAUCUAAUAUUUUUUAUGUUUGUUCAUUGAGUUUUUUUUUUUUCAGCUUUACGUAUUAACCAAUAAUUGAGAGAUUGUUGUGCGUAAUAACUCGUGGGACUGUUUUUAAUCAAUCCAGCUCUAAUUACAUUGUAACCUCAAUAUUUCUCUUCAAAAUUAUCAUAUACUGUGAAAAAUAUUUUCUGGGUUUCUUUUAAAUUAAUUCAAUUUCUCAUAAAGUUCAUUCCUUUUCAGUGAUUGCAAUUCUGGGUUUCUCUCAAAAAAUGGUAACAGUCAAUAUAGGAAUGCUUCAUUAUGUGAUAGACCAUAUUUAUGGAGCAUUUAUGCACAGAACCAAAAUAAGCCCACCAUUCUUUUCUAGAGGAUGGGAUGGUUCAAAGCUUGAGCUUUUAGAGAGAAUGAUUAAGGACUUGUUCCCUGAAGUUGAAGGCCAAAAUUGGCCUCCAACUUUUAUACAACCUAUUUGGAGAACAGUUUGGGAAACCAGAACUGCUUGUUUAAGAGAAGGGGUUUUUAGGACUACUUGUGAUGAGCAAUUGAUUAGUGCGUUGCCUCCUGAGAGUCACACUGCAAGGGUUGCUUUUCUUGCACCCAAAUGUGUCCCGCCACAGAAGACGGCCUGUGUGGUUCAUCUUGCAGGCACUGGGGACCAUACAUUUGAUCGUAGAUUGCGUCUUGGUGGACCAUUAUUGAAGCAAAAUAUUGCUACCAUGGUGCUAGAGAGCCCUUUCUAUGGACGGAGACGACCCAUGCUGCAGCGCGGUGCAAAGCUAUUGUGUGUUAGUGACUUGCUUUUAUUAGGUAGAGCAACCAUUGAAGAGACACGCAGUCUCUUACAUUGGUUAGACUCUGAGGGAGGGUUUGGAAAGAUGGGUGUUUGCGGACUUAGCAUGGGAGGAGUACAUGCUGCAAUGGUUGGAUCACUGCAUCCCACACCUGUUGCAACCCUUCCUUUUCUCUCUCCACACUCUGCUGUUGUGGCAUUCUGUGAUGGGAUACUAAGGUAUGGCACUGCCUGGGAGGCACUGAGAGAGGAUCUUGCGGUGCAAAAGACUGUGAUGACUCUUGAGGAGGUGAGACAACGGAUGCGAAAUGUGCUGUCUCUCACGGAUGUCACGCGCUUUCCAAUUCCCAAAAAUCCCAAUGCUGUAAUAUUUGUUGCUGCCACUGAUGAUGGUUACAUACCAAAACAUUCUGUUUUAGAGCUUCAAAAGGCUUGGCCAGGUUCAGAGGUGAGAUGGGUUACUGGAGGACAUGUCUCGUCCUUCCUUCUACACAAUGAUGAAUUUCGAAGAGCAAUUGUUGAUGGGCUUAACAGAUUAGAGUGGAAGGAGCCUCCUUUGUGAAAUGGAUCACAUAUGAAGAAGGCAACAAUUGUUCUCUUUGGUUAUAUUCUUCACCCAGUAAUUCUUGCUAAACUUGUACAAUGUUUUACAUGUGAUUUUUAGGAGCUCCCUUUAGAUAGAAGGAAAAAUGGGGUGUUUUUUGAAUUUUUUGUUCUCUUGACUGUAAAAGGAACAACACUGAUUGAGGGUAUAAUGUAUUUGACUUAAUUGGAAUUAACAAUAAAAAAUCUGAAAUAAUCAUGAAA